UCACAAACGUUCGUCGACAAGCAGAAGAGCCUAUGACAGCAACCUGAUCGCUUCACCACAAACACCAUUGUUGACACCGAUCUCUGUUGUUUGAGCUCUCUCUCCUUCUCCUUCUCUCUCCUUCUUUCUUCUUCUUCUUCUUCUCUCUCUCUCUCUGUCUCGCUCACACCCCUGCCCUCACCCCGUCUGUGUACGAGCGGUGAAGUAUGGCCUGUGCUCAGCGGCGAGCCAUGUUGGCGUUGCUCCUGUUUGCCAUCACCAGCUCUCGUUUGCAUGUGGCUGUCGGACAAGUUAACAAUUGGGAUGGCAGUCUGUACUAUCAGUGCUCGGCAGGGUGUGGCUUGAGCUACGUAUCCAGCUACCACAGCAACAACAGGGAGGAUCGCCGCUGGUCUUUCUCGUGUGCAAGUGUGGGCACGGGCUACUCCUCAUCCACUACCAGCAGCGGCUUUUACGACUACGCCGAAUAUGAUCGACCCAUCGACAUGAGCUGUGCAACAGAUUACUACCUGGAACGACUGCAGAGUGUGCACAGCAACUCAAAAGAAGAUCGAGUUUGGGUGUACGGUUGUCGGCGCGGUAGGGAUGUCAAGCUCCUGAAUUGCGGCAUCACCGGGUACUUGAAUGACUUUGAUGCUUACCUAAGUUACACUGUCAGCAGUAACCGCAUUAUCACAGGACUUGCGAGUUACCACAGCAACCACAAUGAGGACCGACGCUGGCGUGUGCGGUACUGUGACGUUGAGUGUGACUUAGGCAACAACUACGUCAACAGGGCCGGCACUCGACAGUGUGACUCCUUGCCGACAACUUCAAUCUCGAACAAUGUCUACGUGAACAACUUCAGACAGCCAUUCUCCGUCCAGUGCCCAGAUAACAUGGCGCUCAUCAGUCUCAACUCUUACCAUGACAACACACAAGAGGACCGGCGCUGGUAUUUUGCCUGUCAAGUGCCAAGGACACGGGGCGCGCAGUUGUCUCGGCAAAGCUGGUCAGCACCCACAUACGGCCAGCUAUCUUCAACCGUGUCCUUCACGUGUCCAUCCAACUCAUUCUUGACGGGCAUGCGGUCUGCCUAUGUGGUUGGCAACUUGGAUCGUGUCAUGUCCUUCCAGUGCUCGAGUUCUGCAGACACGCGGGUGUCAACCUCGUGCUACACAUCGUCUUCCAACAGCUACGAUGGCGCUCUGAGGUUUGCCUCGUCAAACAUCUAUGUUGUCACCGGGUUGACUUCGUAUUUCUCAUCGUGGAGCAGAGACCGAGUGUUUCGGUUCACAGCUUGCCGCCUGGAUUGUGCACCCGGCACACAGGCAGUUGACGGCGUGUGUCGUGCAAUUGUUUGUCCCCCGCUCACGUUGGCGUCCGGGUCAGCAACAGGCACUUGCAACGGCGCGAUGGGGGGUUUGUGCAGCUUCUCAUGCUACACUGGCUAUCGUCUCGAGGGCAGCACAAGCCGCACCUGUCAAUCCAACGGCGUCUGGACGGGAUCAACGACAUCAUGCGAGCGUAUCACUUGUGGGAGCCUGACACACUCACAGAUAACAAUGACGGGCAGCUGUGGCGGCGACUUUGGCGAUCGGUGUACUUACAGCUACUGCCCUUCCGGUUACGCCAUGCGCGGCUCAACGACCACACGUGAAUGUACCGCGAACGGUUGGACAGGCUCAGCGCCCUACUGUGAAAAGCUCGAGUGCCCUGCAAUCACCAGCAUCAGCGGUGGCUACCUCUCUGGCGAAUGUACUGGCAACCUAAACGAUAGAUGUGUUUUCCAGUGCAAUGAGGGGGCGGUGCUGAGCCCAAGGAGCGAGGUUGGUGUUGGUGUGCGUGAGUGCAAGCAAUCCACAGACAGCCAGGGGUAUGUAUCCGCGGCAUGGACUGGCUCUGCCUACUCGUGUCAACCCAUCAAAUGUGGACAGUUGAGCCUUGCGAACGGUCUCAGGUCAGGCAGUUGCGGCGGAAACUUUGGCGACGUCUGCGCGCUUGAGGAAUGCAACCGCGGAUACCGCUUUGCUACUGGCGGUGCAACCACGUGCAACUGUGGCGAGAUUGGCGGCGUGUCUCAGUGGAAGCAGGGGCCAAGUACCGCCUGCCCAGCAAGGACAUGUGAAGUCGUGACAUGCAACGCGGUCCACUUCACCAACGGACAAGGCAGCGGCCUCUGCGACGGCACCGUCGGCGGUCAAUGUACGCUGCAGUGCAACACCGGCUAUUGGCCUUCAUCCGAGGGCAGCACGUCUGCGACGUGUGUCCUUGAUUCGUCCGGUCACUCUGCCGCCUGGAACGCAAAGUUUGCCACGUGCAAAGAGGUGCGUUGCCCUGCUUUGUCGCUGAAUCAGGGUUCCACCAGCGGUUCCUGCAGCGGCAGAGUUGGUGACCAAUGCCGCUAUUCGAGCUGUAACGACGGCUUUCGUUUUGGUGCUGGAGGAACGAGUGUGCGCACUUGCCAGCAGAACGGCGCCAAUGCAUACUGGAGCGGAGCAGAAAAGACCUGCGUCGAGGUGAUUGAGCGCAGCGGAGCGAGUGAUUUCAAGGUCACCUGUGCUCCUGGCCAGGCGUUCACCGCCAUGUACUACACUGCUGCCUCCAACGAGUACGCGUACGUGUGCGAGGAUGUUGGGGAUGACCACGACCAGCGCAUCUUCACUGUUCCGGAAGAGCAGUUUAUCAGUGGGACGUAUUCGAGGUACUGCGACUUCAACACCUACGCAACGAGCGCCGUGUCCAAGGCAGGCGCGUCUUUUGAGUACGAGUGCAGCCUUCUCAUUGGUGUGACGCUCACAAACUGUCGCCUUGGAGGAACACUAUCUGGCAGCUACAGCGUUGUUGCACCGGAGGGUUCGGUGAUUGCAGGCAUGUACAACUCGAGGUCCGCGACGCCGCGCGCUCGUGUUUGCGACGUACAAUGCCGAGAGCACGAUGGCUACUAUGCAUCAGGCUCAAAGACGUGUCGUCGACUUUCUUGUGGGGAGCUCACGCUCGAGAACGGAUCAAUCUCGGGCAAAUGCAAGGGUCGGAAAGAUGACACAUGUACCUACAAGGGUUGUGACAACGGCUACGAGCUGUCAUCGACUGGGACUGGGACGCGCACGUGCACCAUCCAGGAUGGCCGUGCAGAGUGGUCAGGCACCCCAAAGACAUGCGAGCGUAUUGUGACGACGAGCGAGCCGACAACCACCAACCCCUGCACUGGAUUGCGCCGCGCCAAGGACGCUUCCGCCUGUCGUACGCGCUGCAACCAAAAUAACCAGGACUCCACCUUCUUCCGCUACUACGAGGGCUGCACACACGUGUGCACAUGCGGCUGCCGGAAGCAGUACGCCAUCAAGGGUGAUCAAGAACAAUGCACGGCUCACUGCGCUUCUCUGGGAGGACUUCAAGGCACCCACUACCCGAAACACGGCGGCUGCCGAAACGUGUGCUUGUGCACAGAAUCUGGGACACGCAGCGUGGCCGCGGCCACGACCGGCUCCCAGGUCGCCGUCACCGGCACCUCCAAUACGAUCAAGACCGUCGCUGGCAACGGCAAGACGGCGUGGACGGGGUCAUCGCAGCCGACGCAGACGGGCCUCAACCAGGCCGAGUGCGUUGCCGUUGACGGCAGCGGCAACAUGUACGUUGCUCUGCGCACGGGCCACCGCGUGGUCCGCAUUGCACGCGGUGACGGCGCCAUCACCACCGUCGCUGGCACCGGGACUGCUGGUGACAGUGGCGUUGGCGGUGCUGCUGCAAGCGCGCAGCUGAACCGCCCAACAUGCGUGGCGCUCGAUGCUGCUGGCAAUGUGUACAUCUCCGAGGAGGGCAGCCAUCGCGUGAGCGUCGUCGAUGCAACAAGCGGCGAUCUGUCUGUGCUGGUGGGUACGGGACACAGCGGGCACCGUGGCAUGGGCGGAUCCAGCCGCGCAGCGGACAUUCACACCCCGCGCGGGCUCGCCGUCGACAACGACGCGAAGGUGCUCUAUGUCGCAGACGCUGAGAACCACGUUGUGUACAGCGUGGACCUGCGCACGCUCAGCAUCAACGUCUAUGCUGGCACCCCGAACCAACGCGGCUAUCGUGGUGACAAUGGCCCCGCGGUGUUGGGAUUUCUCAACGGGCCCACGGCGCUUGCGCUGUCGGCAAGCAGCAACCGGCUGUACAUUGCCGACACGGACAACAACCGCAUUCGCCUGGUGGACCUUGACUCCGGCGUGAUUGACACCAUCGCUGGGUCCGGCCUCUCCGGUGCCAGCGAUGUUGUUGGAAGUUCAAGCGUGCCUGCGCUGGAGGCCAAGCUCAACCGGCCAGAGGGUGUCGCUGUGAGCGAGGACGGCGACCAGCUGGUGAUUGCCGACACGACUGCCCAUGUGCUGAGGCUGGUGCAGCUCAGCAGCGAUGGUGCUCCCGUGUCCGUUGUGGCUGGCACCGGCAAGAGCGGCUACGUGGCUGACAACAACAGCAGGACCGCUGCUGAUGCUCCCAUGGACACUCCUGUCAGUGUUGCCUACGAUGUCGGCGAACAGGCCGUCGUGUUUGUGGAUCAGCAAAACCGCCGCGUGCGUCGCCUCUACUUCUGAGUUGCAUGAGGGUCGCGAUGAUGAUGAUGACGAUGAUGAUGACGAUGACGAUGAUGAUGAUGACGAUGACGAUGAUGAUGAUGACGAUGAUGAUGAUGACGAUGAUGAUGAUGACGAU